AUGACUCCGGGGGAAGUCCUCGUGCACAAUUUGCAAGAAGUUGACAGCCCAACGGCCAUCAUGGAGAAUUCGAAGCAUGAAUUGCCAGGAAUAGUUCCCAGAAGCAACCCCCUGAGUGCUGGACGCCGUAUGGCUUCACUUGCUAACGACCCCGUUGAAUUGGCAAAAGUCGUGGAAGCCCUUCGUCUUUCUGCCUACGUAGAUAGCGCAAGUUUCGUCAUAUUGGUUUAUGAUUACAUGCUCACGUUUGAGGACGAGCGUACAUUGAUAUGGAAUUCCGACUGGUCACUCACGAAACUACUAUUCCUUUUGACACGAUAUUUGCCCUUUAUGGACCUAUCUAUAUCUACGACGCGUCACUUUAAACAUGACAUGUCGCCUGAAGCAUGUUUACUCAACUACAAAAUAGGAGGCUCAUUCGUCGACUUUGGCAUUUUCAUUGCAGAACUCAUCCUGGUCCUUCGAACAUGGGCAAUAUGGGAGAAGAAGCGGAUCAUUACCAUCGCUCUCCUUGUAUGGACCGCUAUCAAUCUUGUUUUGGAUUUUGUAUUCGUCGAACUGUAUUUGGAUUCUGUCAAAUUCACUCCUGUGCCAAAAGGAAUAACUGGGUGUUUGACUACUUCGGGCAAUCCUCUUCUGGUUGGAGCGUGGGCUGUCCUCAUGGUGUAUGAAGCGGGUAUCCUGGGCCUAAUGAUUCUAAAGGGCACACAAAUGUACAAAGAAUAUGUACACAGAGAACUACGAAGUUCGGCUCUGUAUAAGGCAAUCUUUCGGGACGGGGCAAUUUUUUAUGUCUAUAUUUUCGCGUUGUCCGUGGCAAACGUGAUUAUCAUUUCCAGACUUCCACGCGAGCUAGCAGCUCUACUCACAAGCUUCGAACGAGUCAUUCAUGCAGUCUUAACGGAGAGACUGCUUAUUGCACUCAGAAGAGCAAUUCGAGAGCCACAUGAUCAAUCUUACAACCUUGAAACGAUACGAUUUGACAAGAGUCCGAAGGGUAUUGUCGAUACAGAAACCGGGGCGGGGACCAGCACCGUUAUGUCAUCUAAUCUUGGGCAGUGGUCUUAUUCGGACCCAUCUACUUCUAUUACUUGUGCAGAGAGUGCUUUAAGGAGCUGA